UUAUCUUUAAAGCUAUUUAUAAAUAGUGGCUAAUUGUAUUCAUAUUUCAAAAGAAACUUAAUUGUAGGAAGGAUGAAAACGAUACAUUUUAUCUUUUUUGCACUACUUAACUUUGUUGUGCCAAUUGAGCCUUCUCAGGAUGUGAAACAAAUUGGGGAGACAGAAGAAUCAAAGGCAAGUAUUAGGGUAGAUAGCUAUGCAUAUUGGCCGGGUAGAGGUGCAAUUUGGAAAGGCAACGAAGGUGGAAAAACUGGAUGGUGGGGCGGUGGAAAGGGGUAUGCUGACGGUGCGUGGGGAAAAGUUAGGCCUCGUGGCACGGAAUGGUGGGAAGGUGGAAAAAGUAUUGCCGGUCAAAAUGCGGGAAAAGGGAGGUUAGUCCAACCCAUUCCUGGUGGGGGAAAUGGCGCCGGUGGUGGAAAUGUUAAGAAAAUUAUCGGUGGUGUAAAUAAGGGUGGUAGCGGAAAAGGGGACGGCGGUGGAAACUUCAUAGAACUUCUUGAUGAUGAAAACAUGACAUAUGGUGGAAAAGCGGACAGUAGUGAAAAGAUUAGAGGGGCGCUGUCAAGCAUGGUGAAAGACUCCACAAAAAACUAAACGCUUUUACUGUUAUGAUGUAUUUGUGCCAAAGCAUAUAUGAAAUGAUAAUAAAUGUAAAAUAAGGGAUCCAAAUUUAAAGUAUUAUUAUUUUGUUAUAGUUAUAGAUAUAAUAAUAUGCCGACACAAGAGAGUGGUUGUAUCGUCCUAAUUAAAG